AUCUCCAGGUGCAGGAAAUCAGACCUACAUAUCCAACCUGGGCAAAGCUGAAGUGUUACAGCAGCUGUCGUCUACCUGAUCAUUCUUCCUACGUCUGGUUCAAGAAUGGACAGAAAAUUCAGACAGAAACAUCUUCUGUUUAUUCAGACUACUUUGAUUCUGCAGACAGUUAUUCCUGUGCUGUGAAAGGACUGGAGGGUUUCCCCUCUCCUUCAGUGUGUGUCCGUGGUCAAACCUGCAACAGAGUGACUUACACUGACAGAAGCAUCUGUGCCUUCAAAGGCUCAUCAGUGGACAUUUCUUGUACUUACAACAGUUAUUACACAGAUAUCACAUCUAAAUUCUGGUUCAGUCCUGAACGUAGUCUUCAGUGGCAGAAUCCCCCACAGCCUGAGGACCUUAGUGAAGACUCCCAGUAUGCAGGUCGUGUUCAGGUCCUUGAAACAGAGAGAGGACGCUCCACUCUGAGAAUCACUGACCUGAGAGAGAGCGACUCAGCUGAGUAUCACUUCAAAUUCAACACAUGGAGAUUUGAAUGGAGGAGUAGUUUACCUGGUACAACUCUGACUGUCACAGAUCUCCAGGUUCAGGUGAUCAGAUCAACAGUUGAAACUUAUUCUACUGAGGCAGAGCUGCUUUGUCACAGCAGCUGUCGUCUAUCUGAUCGUCCUUCCUACGUCUGGUUCAAGAACGGACAGAAAAUGGAAAGCGUGGAGACAUCUUCUUAUAAAGAUCAGUUUUAUCCCAGAGACAUCAUCUCCUGUGCUGUAAAAGGACAAGAGGAUUUCCGCUCUCCUUCAGUGUAUGCUCCAAAGCUUCCCUCUGUGUCAGUGAGUCCCUCUGCUGAGAUAGUGGAGGGCAGUUCAGUGACUCUGACCUGCAGCAGUGAUGCUAACCCAGCAGCUAAAUACACCUGGUACAAGGAGAACCAAAGACUGCUCAGUGAAGAACCACAGCUUGUCUUCAGCUCCAUCCAGUCCUCUGACUCUGGAGAGUAUUACUGUGCAGCUGAGAAUGAGCUGGGGAGGAAGACAACUGAAUACAUCAUUAAUGUGAAAUAUGCUCCAAAGCUUCCCUCUGUGUCAGUGAGUCCCUCUGCUGAGAUAGUGGAGGGCAGUUCAGUGACUCUGACCUGCAGCAGUGAUGCUAACCCAGCAGCUAAAUACACCUGGUACAAGGAGAACCAAACACUGAUUCAGGGACCAGGAGACAUUUAUCAUUUCACCUCUAUCAGCUCUAAGGACAGCGGGAUCUUCCACUGCAAGGCUGAGAAUGAGUAUGGCCAGAUCAACUCCACAUCUGUAUCCAUAGAUGUCCAGUAUGCUCCAAAGACUGUUUCUGUGAAUUCCUCUGGUGAGAUAGUGGAGGGCAGUUCAGUGACUCUGACCUGCAGCAGUGAUGCUAACCCAGCAGCUAAUUAUACCUGGUACAAGGAGAAUGAAGACUCACCAAAAGCAUCAGGACAGAACUUCACCAUCACUGACUUCAGAGCUGAACACAGUGGGAAUUAUUACUGUGAAGCCCAGAACAGAAGAGGACGUCAUAACUCCACCUUACAUCUGACUGUUGUGGCAGGUUCAAUGAAAUCAGCAGCUGCUGGAUCAAUCACUGCCAUUUUUCUGGCUCUCAUAUUGCUCUGUGUCUUCCUAUUAAUUAGAAGAAAGAUGUCCUCAAAACAAACCACAGAGCCUGGAGAGAGACCAGACAACACAGCACAGCUAAACAUGGGUUCAGUGUGCAACAAUUCUUCAGCUGAAGUACAGAGAAAACCAGCAGAGGAGAUGGACGACCUUUGCUACGCCAGCGUAAGCUUCUCUGAAAAGCAGGAGGAUGCUCUCUACUCCAACAUCAGGCCAGCUCAGCGCAACAGACGCAAGAAUGAAGAUGGUGUGGAGUACAGUGCUGUCAACUUUAAGAGUGUUUCAGCAGUAGUAAGACGUCAAGAGGCUGGGGAGGAUUCAUCUGCACUGUACAGCACAAUCACCGACAUACCAAGAGUAUAAUCACAACAUGGAUCUGUGGUCCGUUACUUGUGUUAGUGUUCAAGCAGAAUUCCACAGUGAAGUUAUAAUACAUUACACGGUAGAUUAAAGGCAACUGUCAAAAAUCUAAUGUAUAAACAACAAACAAACUUAGUUUCUCUUACAACCAACAAGUCGGGGCAGUGCAAUUAAUCAAAAAGCAAAAUUAAAGAAAUCUAUACAUCCAGCAGACAAAAUAAAAGUCUUAAAGUCUUAAAUAAAUUAGUAAUCUGGUAAAUCCAACAGUUUAAACUCUAGGACACAAUACCACAGUUGCUGGUUCUGAUUGGAUGCCUUAAACCUGUUCAACAAUUUAACUCUUGUUCUAAAUCAGUGUUUAAGGUGCCGUAUGUUAAGCUGCUGGUGACAGUAAUUUUAUUAACAGUUAUCUCUCAUCUCUCAUUUUAAUUCUCAUUUUAAAAUUUUGAAUAGCCUGUAAGGUUUGAGUUGAUAUACUAUAUUAACUUUAUUGUUACAGCAUCCAGCCAAGUACUCGUAUCAGUUGCUAACAGUAUGUAAUUUAUAAUUUCUUAUACAGAAUUUACUUGACAUUUUUUCCAAGGAGCAAUAUUUUACUGUCGGUGCAAGCAAACUAUUUCCUACAUAUUAUCAAGUACAUUUGGUUAUAUACAGUAUACCUUUAUAACUUUAACAAAGUCUUUCUCUGCUCUACAGUUUAUUCACCUUUUAUUUUUUUUGUCAAAUAUUUCAAAUAUUCUUCUGCUCAUAUUAACAUUUUUAAAUUUCUGGUGCUUACCAUCACAACAAAAUGAGUUAUUGUCAUGGACUGACAUCUCUUUUCUCUGCCACCUCCUCGAAUAACAGAUUUUAUGAAUAUGUGUGGUUGAUCAGCAUACUUGACAACUUCCAGACAUCAUAGACUAAAUCCGGAGACCAAAUCUAGCGGGGCAUCUGGGAAAGUUCCCCCCAGGCAAUCUAAGCCAUCCCAGAGACUGUUUUUCAGCAUUCUAGUGGAUUUACUGAGUCAUUUUUUUAAUUGAAAUACAAGAGCGUGGUUGCUUUAACACAUUGGGUCUGAGGGUCCCCCACCUGAACAGACUAAAAACUUCAUUUCCUGCAAUUGGUGAAGUCUGCACCAAUUUCUGCCUUUUCAGCAUCACUGUAUGAUGGAAAAGGCUUUCAUUAUGCAAAGGAAACAAAAAUUCAGGCAGCAGGUGACAAUUCAAAAGUUUGAAAUAUAAGGCACACUGUAAUACUUUAUAUUGUCCUACAGAUGAAUGUAAUAUCAUCCCUGCUCAGUCAACAGACAUCUGUACUGUAUCUGGACUGUACUGGAUGAGACAAGGAGGUGGAAACUAACUGAAAACACUUCUGAUCAGGUAUAAGUCCACACAAAUGUUAACUUCAGCACCUCCAAAAAACUGCAGCCCACAGCCAGUUCAGUUGGAAGCAUUAGGAACAUAGUCCUUCUUACCUUCAUGUGUCCAUACCUCCUUAACUGUUGCAUGUUAAGAUUGUAAUUAAAAAAUUAAAUUUUA